UUUAGAUCGGGGUUUGCACCAGAACUCAUCCGUUUGAUUCAUCUGCUCACACCUUGGUCUAGGCAGCAUAGGGAACGCAAACAUUCAAGGACUGUCUGAGACACUCGGCCUUGUUGGCCAACAAUAUAACUGGUGCUUGACGAUUUUCUUCUUCCCAUACUCCUUUUUCGAACCGGUUUCCAACCUAUUAUUGGUUCGAUUGAAGCCAAGUAUAUGGCUACCAUCAAUUGUUACAGCCUGGGGGAUUGUGAUGACAUUGACUGGAAUCGUUCAGAACUACUCGGGCCUCCUGGCAGCACGAUUUUUCCUAGGCUUGACGGAAGCGGGACUUUUUCCUGGACUGGCUUUCUAUGUCUCGCUCUGGUAUCCGCGAGCAAACGCGCAGUUCCGACUCGCACUGAUAUUUGCAUCUGCCUCCAUGGCUGGUGCUUUCUCCGGGUUGCUCGCCUAUCUGAUCGUCAAGAUGGACGGAGUUGGCGGACUUGAAGGCUGGCGCUGGAUCUUCCUUCUAGAGGGAAUGCUCACUGUUGUUGUCGCCAUCGCUGCCUUUUGGCUCGUCUGGGACGACCCAAAAACUGCUACCUUCUUGACCGAGCGCGAGAAGGAUAUUUUGCUGGCGAGCCUAAGUUAUACCGCCGCUGGAAGCACAACGGACACGCGGACCAGCAAUGAGCAUUCGUCGCAUUGGAAACAGGUCAAAGCAGCAAUCUUUGAUUGGCAGACAAUUCUCCACUGCCUUGGAUAUUGGGGAGUGGCCACCGCCGUUUAUGCUUUGUCGCUUUUCCUGCCGACGAUCAUCAAGGGCCUAGGUUACUCGGCCGCAAUCGCCCAGCUCCUCACGAUCCCCGUCUAUGCGGCCGCGACAAUUACAUGUAUUGCAGUCGGGUACUUUGCGGACAAAACUGGCAAACGCAGUUUGUUCACCAUUGUCUGUUAUCUCAUCAUUCUAAUUGGAUAUAUCAUCGUUGUGGCCCCUCCACGGUUCAUCCCUGGGUUGAUCUAUGCCGGCUGCUUUAUUGCCGCCUGUGGAAUGUAUCCAGCAAUCCCGGGCCUGCUGGCUCUGGCAUCGAACAACUGGGCCCCCGAUGCGAAGCGAGCCGUUGGAAUAGCGAUCCAGAUUGGCGUUGGCUCGAUGGGUGGCGCGGCCGCAUCGAACUUUUAUCGAAGCACCGACUCGCCCAGGUACCGAUUGGGGCACUCGCUUGUCCUGACAUUCACAGCCUUGGGAUUGCUGACUACUGUGUCGUACUACGUUAUAUGCAAAAGGUUGAAUGCGAGACGGGAUGCAGUGGGAGCGAGCGAGCAUGGUUAUAGUGAAGAGGAGUUGAUAAAUAUGGGCGAUAAGGCACCAACCUUCAGGUAUAGGGUGUGAUACGACGGGCUGGUGAACAAAAGGAUUUGAAAUAGAGAGGAGUGACUGUAAUGGGAUAUAAGCGACACAUGGCGAGAUCACUGCAGUCGUCUGAGGUGAAGAUGCGCAAUGAUGAUGAGGGAGUGAGGAGUGCCCUCUGCCCCUGGCUAUGAAUUUAAUGCUAUACUGCCCAAGGGCUCUAUCACUUCGAGCAUGUUUAGCUGCAGCCACUGUCAUUAUGAUUUUAUGGACAACGACUAUGGCCUACUGCUUAGAGGUCCGAGACCCAAGACUUAUAUGUGCCCUUGCUCAUGAAUGUGUGAUUACUCAGCACUAUGCUUCCCUAGACUAACUAAAUGAAGCGAUUGUCAAGCUAUUGCGA